GGUGGAAAGAAGUGUGGCUUUAGUGCCUUUGCAUCAUUCCUCAGGGGUGGAGAGCAGUUCAUCUCCAUAUCAGUGGGUAAUGACCUGGGCCAGGAGGGCUGAUCUGUGCCUGAGAGGGGAGGGCGAGGCCGGUUUUUUCUUUUGCUGGAGCAGGAGAGAGAGAAGGCCCCAGACUGGAGUUUGUAAGCAAUGAACAGGUUUUAAACUUUAUUUCUCCCUUUGAUUUCCGUUUUUAGAGGUAUUUUGCCCUGGGAUUUCCUCUCCCUGGACUUACACAUUUACAGCUAUAAAUGUUUCCCUUAGCCCUGCUUUUGCUGCGUCCUGCAAGUUUCGAUAUGUUGUGAUUUGUUUUCAUUCCCUUCUAUGUGUAUUCCGAUUUCCCUUAUGAUUUAUUCUUUGAUCCAUUGGUUGCUUAAAAGUGUGCAUUUACCUUGCGCUUUUUGUGAGUUUUCCAGUUUUCUUUAUGUCACCGGUUUCUCAUUUCAUUCUAUUGCGGUCAUAGAAGACACUCUAUAUGACUUCUGACUUUUAAAAUGUGUUGAGACUCAAUCUGUCACCUACCAUCUGUUCUACCCUGGAAAAUGUCCCACGUGCACGUGAGAAGAACGUCUGUGCUGUUGGUGGGUGCCGCGCCCUGUACACGCCUGUUAGAUCUGGUCGGCUUAUGGUGGCAUUAAGUCCUCUGCUUCCUGACCUGCCUUGGUCUGGGUGCUCUCCCCAUUGCUGCAAGUGGGGGUCGAGUCUCAGCUGUUACUGCAGGACUGCCUGCUCCUCCCACUAAUUCCCAGAUUUUGUUUCAUAUAUGUUGGUGGUCUGUUAUCAUGUAUGUUAAUGUUACAUAUUCUUGUUUUUUGAACCUUUUAUUAAUACAUACUAUUUUUUGUGUCUUGUAACCUUUUUUGAUUUAAACUCUAUUUUGUGUGAUAUUGUACAGCCAGUCCCGCUCUCCUUGGUUACCACUUGCUGGGCGUAUCUUUUCCAGCCUCUCUCUGUCAGCCCUGCUCACGUCUUUGGGUCUUAAGUGAGCGUCUUGUAGACAGCAUGUGGUUGGAUCACGUAUUGUUAUCCAUUCUGCCCAUCUCUGUCUUUUGAUUGGAGAGUUUAAUCCACUGACAUUUCAUGUCAUUACUGAUGAGGAGGGACUUAGUGCUGUCACUGUGCUAUUUGUUUUCUGUAAGGCAUAUAGCUUUGUUGUUCCUUAUUUCCCACUUUCCUAUCUUUUCAUGUUUCACUGGUUUUUUUUUUUAAUGAAAUGUUUUAAAUUCCUUCUUGGAUUCCUUUUGUGUAUAUUCUGUAGCUAUUUCCUUUGUGGCUGCCAGGGAUGACAUUUAGCACCGUAAAGUUAUAACACCAGAGUUGGAAUGCAUAGCAGCUUACCUUCAGUAGCAUAUGAGAAGGCAUCUCCUUCACAGCAUUGCUCCUGCCUCUUUGGGUUGCUGUUGUCACAAAAUGACACCUGUCUAUACUGUGCCCCCCCUAAAUUAAUCAUUGUUUUUUCUUUAAAUAUAUUUAAAUGUAUCAUCUCUUAAAUCAUGCAGUAAACAAAAAGUACAAUUAUAGACCAUCCUUACAAUAAAACAAGCCUUCAUAAUUACUCAUGUAUUUUUGUACUGAAACAUUGGGUUCAGUUCUGGUGACCCACCUCAAGAAAGCUGCGAUAGAGCUGGAAAUGGUUCAUGAAAUCCAAGGCCUUCUGAAUAGGCUCAGAAUACAAAGAUUUGAGGUCUUUAGGGUAGAAAGAUGAAGCCAGUAAUGGGCUCUAAGUGCCAUUCUACAGUUCCGGAGAGAAUGAGAGUCAUGUGAGAAAGCAUUUGGCUGGUGCACCAAAUUCUUGAGUUCAAGAACCAGAGCUGCUCUGUGAGGCUUAAAAGGACGCCAUUUUAGAUUCAUACGACCCUUUUACAGUAGGGGAGGGAGCACGACAUUGGGGUUCUAAGAGGUGAGACGGGGGCGCAAGUUACCCCCAUCACUUGCUGCAGGUCUGAAACUGCCGGCUUGUCGGUGCACGCCUGUCUCAGCGCCUCUCCAGUGCAGUGACCGGAGUGCUCCCUCCAAAGCGUAUCCCUUUUUAGCACGAGGCAGUGCUCCAGACUGUGACCUACAAAACGGGGUGGUCCUGUGGUCCAGCCUCCACCCACCCUUUCACCCUCCUUCCGCCGUCAUUCGCCUUGGGCUCCCUCUGGCCCUGUGGGCCUGGUGUGUGCCGGCUCCUCUGCCGGUGUGUCUCGCCUUGCCGUGGAGCUUCUGCUUGGCCUUCAGAGUCCGUAGUGAGCCUCGCUCCCCUGCCCAUGUCAUCGUCCUUGGCUGACUCUGAGGCCCCCAAGGGCUCGGGCCAUGUCUGUCUACCAGCUGCCGGACCCCCAGCACCCAGCACACUGCCUGAAGGAGAGAAGUCCCUCAGAAUGGCUGCUGCGUGAAUGGCAGUAGUCACGGGCACGGGAGGUCGCAGACAGGCAGGCAGAUUGGCCUGCAGCCAUGUUUUCUUCAUCCACCACAUUACGUUUAAAAUGUCUUGCCUUUCGAGCCUCUGGACAGGCGUGUGUCUCCCCGUUCCCCGCGCCCGACACGCUCGGCCCCCACUCGUGCUGUCCGCGUGUUGUGUCCCCUGUUCAGCCGCACGGGGCCUGGUAGCAGAGGUACAGUGGGUAGCUGUGGGGAAAGUCAGGACUUUAAGCUGUCAGCAUGGAGGACUGUCAGUCCUGUCCACUGCUGGCCCUUCUUCCUGUUGUCAGAGAUUUAACUGGGGCCAGAGAAUGACAUGCUCAUAGACACCUGGGGGCUCAGCAGAAUUCAUUUUUGGGUGAUGUUUCUGGUGAAAAAUCACAUACUUGGGGGUCUGACAGGUAACAGGCGGCCAGCGGGUUUGUGAGCUCUAACCUCUCAGACGUGGGAAGGGGUCAGCGGUCGGCCUGGGAGGCCACCUUACACGGCUCCUGUGAUGUAUUGGAACCGACCUCAGACCAUUAUGAAAGCAUAAUCCUCAUAAGCCACCCAAAAGCUAGUAAUCCCCAGGGCUGCGUGUUGGCGAUUAAAAAAGAAAGAUAGGAGCAGCUGUCUUUUUGUUCAGUUUAAUUAUGACCAAGUACCUGGGUGAGUAUUAAUUUCCUGGUGGAGAAAGGUGUGAGGCCUCUGAGGCCUCAGGGACUGAAUGUGCAGACGCGGACCCCGCCCCGUGUUCCUGGGACACGGGCACCGUCCGGAGCUCAAGUCAGAAGCUCAGGUUGCAUGACUUCCAGUUCUGCCCUUUCAGUCCCAGACAUGGGCCACUGUGCGCCAGAGGACACGGCAGAGCUAUCGGGUGUCCGCCUGCACACCUCAGUCACGGCCCCGCACCCCGCUGCUGGGCCUGCGAGAGGGAGUCCUGGAACUGGGCACCCACUUUCCCUGGCUCCCGGUUCUGGACAUUCAAGCUGAUAUCCGAGGGUGUGUUCACAGAGAACUGGCUCUUCUCUGAGAAUAAUGGCCCUGCUUGCAGUGCAUGUGGAGCGCCAGUCCUGCCAAGUGUCCUCCACUUGUGUCCUCUGUCCUGGAGCGUGGUCCUGUCGUCUUCCUGGUCCUCCAGCCUGACGCUGGAGCAUCAUCCCACCGCCCUGUCCCUCAGGAGCCACAUGCAGUGGUGGCCGGUUCUGGCUCCCACGCCAGCAGCAGCCCCCCUGCCUCCACAGGGCUCUGUCUCCACUGCCAGCCUCAUCGGGCCCACCUCCGUGACUUGUCACCUCAUCAGCUUCUGCUAGACUUUAGCCAUUUCCCCACCACCUUUGUGGUGUUUUGAGUUUUACCUCUACUGUCGCUUUAUUAGCACUUUAAACUCCAUUUCUCCUUUAUAGUUUUACUUUUUACUUGUCCUAAGAAAUACUCUCCUUAAAGACAUGAGUUUCCAUGCUAGUUAUAUUCCUCUAACUGCUCUAAUAACCAGCAUUCAUCCACGCGCCACCUAAAAGUGUUCCCAGGGGAGCGCCAGGCACCCCAAGCCUCUGUCCUUUCUCUCUGGUCUGGUGCCCGAGGGUGCGAGUCCUUGCUGAUGCCGGAGUCACUGUUUUCAUGCCUUCUGACCUGUCCACGGAGCCCGCUUUUGUACCCAAGCAAGUUUCUGCUCCUUCAGAACUCGUGUGCCCUCUGCUCUGCCGUGUCCCUGGCCUCCCUCUCCUGUCCCUGCCCAGGCGACUUCCCUUACAGACCUGCACCGCCAGCGCCCUGUCAGCCCCUCCAGCUGCGAGCUCCCGAGGCCAGACGCAGCCCCUGGCUCGGAGUAAGCGCUCUGGAACGUGGGUUGAAUGAACGGGGAAGUGAUGCCAGGGAAGUCCCGCCUCCCUUAUUUGUAGAAUCAGAGGACUGGUUUGGGAGAGCUCCCAGAUUUCAGCUCCUCGAGUGUGCGGACAAACGGGACAAUAAGGUUAAGUGCCCCAGACAUUAUGGAGAUGUGUCAGCCAAGCAUUUUAUAUUCAUUUCAAGCCCAACAAUUAGGGGAGCCUAUGAAACUGCUGUUCUUCACGUAAAACAGGUUGCCAAUCAGCAGUUUGACGUGGUUCAGUCUGAGGCGUCUAAUGUAGUGCCGACCUCAGAGGUGACGCGGCCUGGGAGGUGGCGUGGUGGUCCAGGUAGGCCGGACUCCAGGUCAAGAGUGUGAGCUGCUUUUUACUCAAGGUGACCCCCUCUUGGGUUUGCCCCCAGCCACUGCAUGUGUUGGUCUCUGAGAGCCUUGCCCGGGCCCACGGCUCGAUUCUCAGGAGCAUGGCAGUUUGGAUAAAACUGAUGAGAAAAACCCGUUUUAUUUCCUUCUCCAUCAUGGGUACUUCCAGUCUUUGAGGGGAUUAGAUUUAGACGUAUUAGCCACCCUGGCAUACGCUCCUCUCCCUCCCAGAGUAGGUUUCUGCCAGCGCGGAUCCUCAUCUCGUUUGUAUUUAUGGGCUCUCUGGGGGAACACUGUUCACUGCAUCACACGGUGUUUUCCUUAUAAAGGUUUGUGGGAGAAACUUCUCUCAGGCAAUUGGUUUGUUUUUAUUUUAGGCACACAGUGUGAUGUAUGCCAGAUUGUAUUUCCCCUUUUGCCUUGGCUGCUAGGAAGCUCAGAGCCACACUCGUGGCACAGCUCUGAGCAGUGAAAUCUGCCCUCCACGUCUCAUGGCCUUUGUAUUGGUUUCUUAUUGCUGUUGUAAUAAAAUGCCACAAACUUUGUGGCUUGAAACAACACAAAUUUAUCUGACGUUCUGGAGGCCCGCAGUCCUGACCCAACCUCCUGGGGUGCCGCCCAGGUGCACGGGCAUCCCUUUGGAGCUCCUGGUGGACGGCCCUCGCCCUGCCCCUCUGCCCUCUCGGGCUGUCUGCGUCCCUCUGCUUGCAAAGCCGGCCGUGUGGCGUUGUCUCUCCGCGGACCUUCCGUUUUCUCUCUUUGACUCUGAGUCUUCGCUCCUGCUUAUAAAGGUUGUGCUGGGCUCACCGGGCGACCCAGGAUGCACUCCCCAUCUCAGGAUCCUUCACUUAGUUGCGUCAGCAAAGCCCCAGGAGAUUUUAGCCUUAGAGCAGUUUAAGUUCACAGCUGUAAAACUGAGAGGGGGAUAGAGUUCCCUCCCCCGACCCCAGGCCCAGCCCCCUACUGUCAGCACCCCCACCGAUGGCCAUUCGCUACAACUGAGGCACCUACAGGGACAGGCCAGCAUCACCCAAAGCCCCUGGUUCACACUGGGGUCCCCCUGGUGUGGCACGUGUGGGGGGUUUACGCAAACGCAUCAUGACACGUGCCCGUCAUGGCCGCUGACGCGUUUUCACUGCCCCGAGAGUCCUCCGCGUUCUGCCUGCCCAGCCCUCCUUCUCCCCAGCCUGACAGCCGCCGAUCCUUUCCCCCUUCUCCGGAGUGUCGCACAGUGGGGCUCACACACCGUGAGCCUUUCAGGUGGCUUCUUUCACUUGGGAAUAGGCGUGUAAGGUUCCUCCAUGUCGUCUCAUGGCUGAAAGCAGAGUUCUUCUUCGUGCUGGCCAACAUUCCGUUGUGGGGAUGGGCCAGGUCAUCCGCCACCUCCUGAAGGGUAUCGGGGUGGCUUCCACGUUUUGAAAAUUAGAAAAAAACCUAAAAACCUCCAUGUGCAGGUUUUUGGAUGGACAGAAGUUUUCAGCUUUGGGCACAAACCCGAGGGGUUGCUGGGUCCCAGGGUGAGAGCCGGUCCUGUAAGGGAUGCCGGGCUGUCCUCGGAGCGGCCGCCUCUGCGCUCCAGGGUCCCAGCUGGCGUCCAGCCGUGCCAGGGCUGUGCGGCCUGUCCUGGGAAGAGGGAGGGGUGCUCGUGGGCACUGGCAUCAGGGCCCGUCUGUCUUCCCGGGGGGCCUGCGGGCCGAGCUGGUGUGGGUGCCGGACCCCCACCCAUGUGAGCCUGUGGCCACGGCGCCACUUUGCACACUCAACACCAGCACAGCCGCCACGUCAGUGCCCGCCUUCCAUGGCGUCUCUCCGCCUUCAGCGGAUUGGUGACAGUGCAAAGCGGGCGUCUUUCCCGCCGUGGUCUCCAGUAGGUAGUUCCCGCCUGUGUGGACGGCAGCCGGCUCCAGGACAGCUCCGAGGCGCCUCCGCAGCUCCGCCCUCCCUGUGGCCUCCAGCCACCUCCCCUGCGCUCCCCGGCCAGGAGCCCUUGCCUGGCCAGAUCCUUGCCUCUUGUCUAGCAGCCAUGGGGCCCCCUCCCCCGAGAAGUGUGCCUGAGCCCCAUCGGGUCGGGUCCUCCCACCCAGCUCUGCACACGCCCUUCCCCACAGUCUCCAUAGACGUGCACUACUGGCAGUGCUUAGUUGCUGUUUAUAUCUUUUGCCUUCUCUGUUGACUGCCAGUCCCAUGAGGGCACGGGCCAUUUUCGGUUUCGUUUGUCACUGGACAUGGUCCUUGACCAGCACAUGGCACUUAGCAGACACAGACUGCAUUUUAUGCAUCACACUUACGCUGACUUUAUCUCAUUUUUCUGCUUUUAUUUUCGUUUUGUUGUGACAGUCUUACUUCCUGCUGUAGUGAGAGAAAAGCUCAUAGCGCCCAGGAUCUACUCAGGGGUGGGAGGUGGAGUGACUCUGUCCUUCCCACCCCUUCCCAGCCUGUGCCGAGUGUCAUGGGGCAGAAGGCACAUGUUCUAUUAGCAGUAUCUUCCUGGGGAAUGUGGGAUUCGCUCUGGAAUGCCAGAUGGGCCCGGGACUGUUACAGGGAGUGUCCCCUGGACCCAGGACUGAAAUCACUCUGCAUAAUAGUGUAAAAAUCUUAUUUCACUCAGUGGGGGUGCAGUGCCUCUGCAGAGAGAUUACUACGAUGCUACACAGUUUUUCUUCUUCCUUGGCUGUAAGAAAAACUGGGGCUCUGGCUUUCUGGGAGGAAGGGCAAGGUUCAGAGCUCUUCUGUUUGUGGGAGGUGGCGAGGCCCCUGAGAUGAGCAGGGUGCGUGUGUGCAGGACGCCUCCGGAGGAGGAUGGCCCGCAGGGGACACCCUGGGGGAAAGAGGUCCUCGGCUCUCCUUCUCUGGGCGGCGCCCAGAGCAUCCUCCGUUCGGUGGCUUGGCCGUCAGGGUCCUGGGCCCAGUGCCUUCCGCCCUGCAUGUAUGCUCUUCAGCCUGGGGCCAGCAGAUAACCGUGGGAUUUGGGCUCGUGCCUGUGCCAGGGAAGCCUGUGUUGGCAUCAAGUUUGUUGAUUCUCCCCAGGACCCCUCUCCCUAUAGGUGCCACAUGCCAUGAUUUAUACACAAACAUGAUUUGCCUGAUUGUUGCAGUCUGGGCCUGGAACAAUGUUAAUUAACGGGAAAAUGGUCCUCCAUACAGUGAUUAGACCUCUUCAGGUACAACAAGAUAAAAGCCUGAUAAUUUGGAUGGAGUACUCUUCUUAAGCGGCUACUCUAUGCUCAGCGGCCAAUGGGAAAGCCAGGCUCUCUGCCACCUGAUCCAGUGAGUAAUUAAGAGAGGGCUUUCUCUCCCCCCUCCCCCCUCCCCACUGAAGCUUAACAGGUUGGUGGUAUAAUUUGGAGACCUUAAGGGGUGUCAUGCUAGGAGCGUAGGCAAGACCCAGGGCACCUUCUCUCCAGCCCCCAGGCACUGCCCAGCUGGGUCCGAAAAGCAGACGAGUGACAGCCAGAAGGAGGUGGAAGCAGGCAAGGUAGGUGACGUUUCCCAGCCAAGUUUGCCAGGGGCCCGUGGCCAUGAGUGAGACGGGUGCCCGGAAGACCAGCGACGGCACUGCUUCUCGGCUGCUCAAUGUGGUGGACAGUGAGCUUCAGGCCGGGAGGGAGAAAGGCGACCCCACAGAGAAGCAGCUUCAGAUUACCCUGGAGGACGCUCCGCUCUGGCAGAGAUUCAAGGAAGUCACCAAUGAGAUGAUCGUGACCAAGAACGGCAGGCGGAUGUUCCCUGUUCUGAAGGUCAGCGUCACAGGGCUGGACCCCAAUGCCAUGUACUCCCUCCUGCUGGACUUUGUCCUCACGGACGGCCACCGCUGGAAGUACGUCAACGGGGAGUGGGUGCCCGCCGGCAAGCCGGAGGUCUCCAGCCCCAGCUGUGUCUAUAUCCACCCCGACUCCCCCAACUUCGGGGCCCACUGGAUGAAGGCGCCCAUCUCCUUCAGCAAAGUGAAGCUCACCAACAAGCUCAACGGAGGUGGCCAGAUCAUGCUGAAUUCGCUGCACAAGUACGAGCCCCAGGUCCACAUCGUGCGCGUGGGGGGUGCCCAUCGAAUGGUGACGAACUGCGCCUUCCCAGAGACCCAGUUCAUAGCUGUGACAGCCUAUCAGAACGAGGAGAUAACAGCUCUCAAAAUCAAGUACAACCCCUUUGCCAAAGCCUUCUUGGAUGCCAAGGAAAGGAACCACCUGAAGGACAUGCCAGAAGCCCUCUCGGAGAGCCAGCACGUGGCCUACCCUCACUUGGGAGGCUGGAUCUUUCCCAAUCCAGAUGGAGUGUGCGGCGGGGGCAGCGCCAGUCACCAGUAUGCCACUCCUCUGCCUCUGUCCUCUCCCCUCACCCACCCCAGCUGUGAGCGCCAUCCUGGCCUCCGAGGACGCCGGCAGGCUCCCUACCCUCCCGCGUACGUGCAUAGAAACCAUUCUCCCUCAGUGAAUCUGAUAGAAAGCUCCAGCACGAAUCUGCAAGUUUUCUCCGGAGCUGACAGCUGGACCUCCUUGUCCUCUGCACCCCACACCAGCAUCCUGCCUGUGCCCCCCGCCAGCGGACCCAUCAACCCCGGGCCGAGCCCCUACCCGUGCCUGUGGACCAUCGGCGGCAGUGGCGGGGGCCCCGCCGGGCCGGGCACAGAGGUGCAUGCCAGCUCCCCGGGAGCCUUUCUCCUGGGCAACCCUGCGGCAGCUUCACCCCUGUCUGCUCAGGGCCCCCCUUCGGCUGGUGUGGAGGUGCUGGGGGAACCCUCGCUGACCAGCAUCGCUGUGUCCACCUGGACAGCAGUGGCCUCGCAUCCCUUCUCGGGCUGGGGGGCCCCCACUGGGGGAGGGCGCCAUUCCCCCCCCUCCUUGGAGGGUUAGGCUGGAUCCCAGGGCCAGGCGCCAAGAGAUGUAGCAGCCCUGCCUGCGGAUUCCAGGGGGUCCCACUGCAGGGUCUCCCCGCCCCAGGGCCAGAAGGCUCAGGUUGCAUGAUGGUUUUGGGUGCCCCGCAUCUCUGCCCCGCUGUCUCCUGCACCGCCGUCUUCAGCUCACCCUGCACGCAGGUGGCCCGCCUUCGGUGAGCACCCUCCUGGUGCCCUGCCCCUUCCUCAGAUGAUUCUCCGAGGUGCCCUCCCUGCCCUGGGGAGGGCACACAGCUGUCAAGCGGGCCCAGAGUUUACUUGGCAUAAGGCCUUCAUGCAGCCCAGGGGAGUGUGGCCCCAGGGCUUCUGCUCUGAGACCAAGAGAAGCCGUAAGUAAACUAAAAUGGAGCUAAUCACGUAUUACUGGCUGUGGUGUGCCCGGUACUGAGGACAUGAGAUCGUGUCCCUCGCUCAGACGCUGCUGACGGCUCACCAGCGCCGGCAGAAUGAAGUCACGUGUCCUUACUGUACGGAGACCCUCUGCCAUCUCCUGCAGCCGUUUCUCUGGCCAGCGCUCCCUCUGUCCCUUAGCGCCCAGUACUCCCAUCAAGGCAGACCCCCGGCCGCCAUCCCCUGGACACCCGUACACUUCCCCCACCUCCCCCCACCUCCUCUGGGCCUGGGUGGCCUCCUCCACUCCCACCAUGUGAGCCCUGCCUGCCCCCCAGGGACUGGCUGGAGCACUAGGGUGUCUGCCCAGGCUCUACCGCUGCUUUGGCCUCCGUUAUUGUGCCCCCGCCGCUCAGCCCUCCUUUCAUUUUGUCCCCUGUGAGAGUGUCUCUGCCACUAGACUGUGAGCCCGCUGAGGGCGAGGCCUGGCUUCUUGUCUUUGCGCCCACAGUGCCCGUCCCACGCCUUGCCUAUAGUAGGUGGCCAAUAAACACUGUGCUGAGCUGA